AAGGUCAGCCCUCCAUCUUUUGUUCCCAUCCUAAACAAACCCUUCACUUCUCAUCUCCCCAUGGAGACUACAAGAUCCCUGCAUCCCCUUCUUCUUCUUCCUCUUCUUUUCGUCCUCGUUGACGCUCGUUCGAGCUCGAUCGACGCCGUUAGUGCCUUUCACCAGACGCUUGUUCUUAAUGGGCAGAAACUUCCAUUGAUGGAUAUGAAAAUACCCGCAACUGAGUGCAUCUUUCACAACCCAAGAGUGGAGAAGGAAACAGCGACCUUUGAAAUGAAAGAAAGAGACUACUGUUCAGGCAAUAUAAAAGACCGGGACAAGAAUCUCCAAGACCGCCUAGUCCUCGACCAAAUUCACGUCGACUCCCUGCUAUCCCGAUUCAAAUACUCCACUUCCCUCUUCACCCCCCACGACAUCUCCGACACCCACCUCCCCUUAACCCUCGGCACCAGCCUCCAAACCCUCAACUACCUCGUCACCGUCCGCAUCGGCCCUCAAAACCUAACCCUCAUCGUCGACACCGGCAGCGACCUCACCUGGGUCCAAUGCCUCCCUUGCCACCUCUGUUACAACCAACAACAACCCCUCUUCGAUCCCUCAAACUCCCCUUCAUUUCUCUCCCUCCCCUGUAACUCCAGCAACUGUUCUGCUUUCCAACCCACAGCUGGAGGCUCCGGCGCUUGUACCAACGGCAGUUCAAAUCCCUGCGAUUACGAGGUUAACUACGGCGACGGCUCUUACUCCCGUGGAGACCUCGGAUUUGAAACCCUGAACCUGGGGAAUGUUUCCGUUGAGAAUUUUAUAUUUGGGUGUGGCCGGAAUAACAAGGGCUUGUUCGGUGGAACCUCCGGAUUAAUGGGUUUUGGUAGAAGCGAACUCUCCGUUGUUUCUCAAACUUCCUCUGCUUACGGCGGCGUUUUUUCCUACUGUUUGCCGUCGACUGAAACCGGUUCUUCAGGUUCUUUAACAAUGGGGACUGGAGAUUUCUCAAAUUUCCGAAACAUUUCCCCAAUUUCCUACACGAAAAUGGUUCCAAAUCCACAGAUGUCGAAUUUCUACACACUGAAUCUGACCGGAAUUACCGUUGGUGGGUUGAAAUUAGUGGUGCCGCGUUUGGCUCCGAGUAAGGGAGUUUUGAGCUUACUCGAUUCAGGGACGGUGAUUACCAGGUUGCCUCCGUCGGUAUACCAAGCUUUGAAGGAGGAAUUUGUGAGGCAAUUUUCUGGGUAUCCAACGGCGGCUGGAUACUCGCUGUUGGACACGUGUUAUAAUCUUAGUGGGUUGAAAGAAGUGAAAACUCCGAAUGUGAAGCUUCAUUUUGAAGGCGAGGGAGAGAUGAGUGUGGAUGUUGGGGGGCUUUUUUACUAUGUGAAAUCUGAUGGGUCUCAGAUUUGUUUGGCGUUUGCGAGUUUGGCGGAUGAAGAUCAGAUUGGGAUUAUUGGGAGUUAUCAGCAGAAGAAUCAGAGGGUUAUUUAUAAUUUGAAGGAAUCCAAGGUGGGUUUUGCAGGUGAGCGUUGCAGUUUCUAGCUCUGUUGGGAGAGAUUUUCCCGGGAAAGUUGGAAUGGAUUUUCCCGGGAAAGUUGGAAUGGAUUUUCCCGGGAAAGUUGGGGUGGAGAAACGGGGCUUGUUGUUGUACUGUUGUAAAGGGUGGGGAGAAUUUGGGUUUCUAUAUAUUUCAUUUUUUACUCUCUAAAUCUGAAUUCAAAUAUUAAAUUAAAAUCUGGAACUACUAGUUAGGGGUUUUUUUGUCUUUUUGUUGUGAUCCAUAUAGUUAGGGGUAUUUUCGUCCUUUUG